AGUCACCAGUUUAAUCUUUUGUGCAUGUUUCACGUGUGUAUACAAUCAUGUACACAUCAAGGUAUGUGCAAUGGCUGCAGUGGAGAGAGCGUCUGCAUUACUGAACAUGGAUAACUGAGACGCUGUUCAGGCCUUAAAAGAGUGUCAAAGGUCUCUGUAGCUACUAUUAUGUACACAUUAUGAAGAUUCAUGAAGGGGUCACUGUACAUUACGGGUUCAGAGUAAAGGGAGGGAGGAAGGUUGCGUAACAUGUUGAGAGUAUAAUGGAAACCUGGUAACUCUGCCAAAAAGGGUAGAGGGCUUUCCAUUCACACAAAGGACGGCCAGCUCUUUGAUGAUAGGAAUACACCCCUCCUGCUAUGUACUGGACUCCUACAGCUAGCUAUAUUGGUGCUGGAUGGAGUAAUACCAGUACGUUGUGGCACGCACCUAUACCUGAAGGGGUAUAUAGGUUAAGAACGACGGCACCCGAUAGUAGACAUGCCUGAGCAGGAAGACGGGAACAAAGGAGUGACAAUAGUGGGCGGAGGUCUGGUGGGUUCAUUGCUGGCCGUCUCCCUCGGGCAGCGCGGGCUCCGCGUCCACCUCCACGAGUCGCGAAGCGACAUCCGCCGUGCCGCAGGAGUCAGCGGCGUGCGGAGCAUCAACCUGGCGCUCAGUCGUCGCGGCAGGGAGGCCCUGAGAGCAGUGGGUCUGGAGGACGAGGUGCUCUCAAUGGCCAUUCCCAUGCGAGCUCGAAUGAUCCACCCACUGAGCGGGAAGCAGUACGCUAUUCCCUACGGGACCAAACGGGACGACUGCAUCUAUUCUGUGAACAGACGAGCCCUCAACGAGCUACUCCUGACCAAGGCAGAGGAGAGCCCUAACAUUUCCAUUCAUUUCGAGAGCCGACUCCUACAGGCUGACCUCGAAACAAACACACUGGUUUUUAGCGAUGGAGCCACGGGAAAGAAGACGGUUCAGACCGAGUUUGUUUUCGGGUGCGAUGGAGCCCACUCGACAGUUCGUAGACAGAUGAUGAGGUGGGGCCGACUCAAUUAUCAGCAGGAGUACAUCCAGCACGGCUACAGGGAACUCACCAUGCCUCCAACUCCCAGCGGGGACUUUGCCAUGGAACCAAACUUCCUCCACAUCUGGCCGCAUCACGAGUUCAUGAUGAUCGCUCUUCCCAAUCGCGACAAGUCGUUCACCCUCACCCUCUUCAUGCCUUGCAGCGUGUUUGAGUCGAUUCGAAAUGAAGAUAGCCUCCUCACGUUCUUUCGGGCCCAUUUUCCCGAUAGCAUCAAUAAGAUUGGAGUCGAGCGUCUCUAUAAAGAGUACUUUGCUAACCCGCAGGGAAAGAUGAUAUCAGUCAAGUGCUCCCCACACUUCAUGGCUGGAAACACUCUCAUUCUCGGGGAUGCCGCGCAUGCCGUCGUACCAUUCUACGGGCAGGGGAUGAAUGCCGGUUUCGAAGACUGUCUCGUAUUGACAGAGUGCCUGACAGAGAGUGGAGGAGAGCUAGCAGCAGCAGCUCAGUUGUACCAGGACAACCACUGGAGUGACACACACGCCAUCUGUGACCUCUCCAUGUACAACUACAUCGAGAUGCGCUCCCACGUCACCUCGCCCCUGUUCUUAAUCAGGAAAAGGAUUGACAAUGCCCUCCACUAUCUGUUCCCGUCUCUCUUUAUCCCUCUCUAUUCAAUGGUGGCCUUCACACGUAUCCCCUACCGUCGUGUGGUGGAGAGACACAACGUUCAACAGACGGUCAUCAGACGAGGGCUGUGGGGCCUGUCCCUUGCCUCUCUGGGGCUACUGGGCUACCUGAUCUUCAAGUUUUCUGGAAUGGAAGUUGCACUUCGUUACCGCAUUCUUCCCUGCGUCUUCAAAUGUGUUGUUAAUGACUACCUUCGACAC